GAUUUUUCCUGGGCUCACCCUCUCAGCGCUGGGAAAGCGAGGGGGGGGGAGGUGUGGAGAGAGAAGGCGCGAACAGCUUUUGCCCGCAGCCGCCACCCAGGAUCUUGGCCGCGCUGCCCCGACCUGUCUUAGUUUGGCACUUUUGCUCCUCCCCUCCUGCUUGGCUUCGCCUCGUCUCAGCAGCGGCGACGGCGUCCUCGGGAUGUGGCUGCGCGUGGCAGGGUCGUAGCUCCGCGCUGCCGCCGGAGUUGCUGCUCAUCGUCGCCCGUCUCCGGGGGAGAUUUACGGGCUGGCUGCCGCUGAGCCAUGCUUGAGUAACCGAGCUGCCGUAACCGCACGGGGAGGGACGUCACUCCCUCUCGCUAGGCGAGCACACGGCAGCGCCUCAGCCUUCCCGCCUCGGCGCCCGGCCAUAGCUCGCGCCGGGAGGGGGAGAACUGGGCGAGGUCUUGCGUUUCGCGGGAGGAGAAGCGGAGGCGCGGCGAGCCCUCACCUUGGGCGGAUUCCUCAGCCAGGUUCCCCGCCGUCUCGGGCCACCGUUUCUUUUCCCUCUCGAGGGGGGGGGGGCGGCGGCGGGAAAGCGAGCGGAUCAGGUCGGACCCCGAUGCAGAACCUGAGCAUGGAGCAGGCUCCGGGAGGGCGGGAGGCUGUCCGCGCUCGGCGGCGCUGCUAGGAUCACAAGCGAGCCUGCCCGGCGGCCCCUGAGCGAUGAGAUCUCGCAAAGGGUAGCCGGAGGGGAGAGCGAGAGCAAGAGGGGGACGAGCGAGAGCGAGCCGGCAAGCCGAGGAGGAGAGGCGUCGCGCCCGGGGAGGUGGAGAUCCAGCAACAUGCCAGUUCGCAGAGGUCACGUGGCGCCACAAAACACCUUUUUGGGGACCAUCAUCCGGAAAUUCGAAGGGCAAAAUAAAAAAUUCAUCAUUGCUAAUGCUAGAGUGCAGAACUGUGCGAUCAUCUACUGCAAUGAUGGCUUCUGUGAGAUGACGGGCUUCUCCCGGCCAGAUAUCAUGCAAAAACCCUGCACCUGUGACUUUCUUCAUGGACCAGAAACCAAAAGACACCACAUUGCUCAAAUUGCCCAGGCACUGCUUGGAUCGGAGGAGAGAAAAGUGGACGUUACCUAUUAUCGUAAAGAUGGGUCUACCUUCAUUUGUAACACCCACAUCAUCCCAGUGAAAAAUCAAGAAGGAGUGGCCAUGAUGUUUAUUAUUAGCUUUGAAUAUGUAACUGAUGAAGAAAAUGUGGAGUCUCCAGAGAAAUUCAGCCAGAUACUAACAGCCAAAGUUACAAACCAUGGUAAUAACCUUUCAAGAGGAGCUUCAUCAGGCAAACUUUUUGGAUUCAGGCUACCUGGAUUGAGUCUUUUAUCCUACAGAAAGCAAUCUUUGCCACAAGAAGAUCCUGAUGCAGUGAUUGUUGAUUCAUCAAAACACAGCGACAACUCCAUGGCCAUGAAACACUUUAAAUCUCCUACAAAAGAAAGCUGCAGCCCCUCUGAAGGAGAUGACACCAAGGCACUCAUUCAACCAAGGACGUGUUCCCCUCCAGUGAAUAUAUCUGGGCCUCUAGAUCAUUCAUCACCAAAACAGCAAUGGGAUCGACUGUACCCAGAUAUGCUGCAUUCCAGUGCAGCCUUGACUCUUGCUCAGUCAAAAGAGAGCGUUAGUAGUAUGCGGAGAGCAUCUUCAGUGCACAACAUAGAAGGAUUUACCAUCCAUCCCAAGAACAUGUUUAGGGAUCGGCAUGCUAGUGAAGAUAAUGGUCGCAAUGUCAAAGUUUCACGUUCCUGGAUGGCAGGGGGUCCUUUUAACCAUAUCAAAUCAAGUCUAUUAGGAUCUACAUCUGAUUCAAACCUCAACAAAUACAGCACCAUCAAUAAGAUUCCCCAGCUCACUCUAAACUUUUCUGAUAUCAAAAAUGAAAAAAAGGCAUCUUCACCUCCAUCAUCAGAGAAAACAAUUAUUGCACCCAAAGUGAAAGAAAGAACACACAAUGUCACGGAAAAGGUUACACAGGUCCUAUCUUUGGGAGCUGAUGUACUACCAGAAUAUAAGCUCCAAACACCUCGCAUCAACAAGUUUACAAUAUUGCACUACAGUCCUUUCAAAGCAGUCUGGGAUUGGCUCAUUUUACUGCUUGUGAUCUACACUGCCAUCUUCACCCCUUACUCUGCAGCUUUCCUUCUCAAUGACAGCGAAGAACAGAAGAGGCGAGUGUGUGGCUAUUCCUGCAAUCCCUUGAACAUGGUAGACUUAAUUGUGGAUAUUAUGUUUAUCAUUGACAUUCUCAUAAACUUCCGAACAACAUAUGUCAACCAGAAUGAAGAAGUGGUAAGUGACCCGGCAAGAAUAGCAAUUCACUACUUCAAAGGCUGGUUCCUAAUUGACAUGGUUGCUGCAAUACCUUUUGACCUGCUGAUCUUUGGAUCUGGCUCAGAUGAGACAACAACCCUCAUUGGCCUUCUGAAGACAGCCCGUCUACUGCGUUUAGUGAGGGUUGCUCGAAAACUGGACAGAUACUCAGAGUAUGGUGCGGCUGUCUUGAUGUUACUGAUGUGCAUCUUUGCACUCAUUGCUCACUGGCUGGCUUGCAUUUGGUAUGCCAUCGGGAAUGUUGAAAGGCAUUACUUGUCUCGCAAAAUUGGCUGGUUGGACUCCCUGGGACAGCAGCUGGGAAAACAUUACAAUCGGAGCGAUGGCAGCUCAGGACCAUCCAUCAAAGAUAAAUAUGUCACUGCACUUUAUUUUACCUUCAGCAGCCUGACCAGUGUAGGAUUUGGAAAUGUGUCUCCAAAUACCAACUCAGAGAAAAUCUUUUCUAUUUGCGUCAUGCUGAUUGGCUCAUUAAUGUAUGCAAGCAUUUUUGGAAAUGUAUCCGCAAUAAUCCAAAGAUUAUAUUCUGGAACGGCACGGUAUCACAUGCAGAUGCUACGCGUGAAAGAGUUCAUUCGCUUUCAUCAGAUUCCCAACCCACUGAGGCAGCGGCUCGAAGAAUAUUUCCAGCAUGCAUGGACGUACACCAAUGGCAUUGACAUGAACAUGGUCCUAAAGGGGUUUCCAGAAUGUUUGCAAGCUGAUAUCUGUCUCCACCUCAACCAAAGUUUACUUCAGAACUGCAAAGCUUUCGAGGGGGCGAGUAAAGGGUGUCUCCGGGCUCUGGCUAUGAAGUUUAAGACAACUCAUGCACCUCCUGGGGACACACUAGUCCAUUGUGGCGAUGUUCUGACUGCACUUUACUUCCUUUCCCGAGGUUCCAUUGAAAUCCUCAAGAAUGACAUGGUUGUAGCAAUUCUUGGCAAAAAUGACAUUUUUGGAGAGAUGGUCCAUCUUUAUGCAAAACCAGGAAAGUCAAAUGCAGAUGUGAGAGCACUAACCUACUGUGACUUGCAUAAAAUCCAGCGAGAAGACUUAUUAGAGGUUUUGGAUAUGUAUCCUGAAUUUUCAGACCUGUUUCUCACCAAUUUAGAACUCACUUUCAACUUGAGACAUGAAAACGCAAAAGCUGAUCUCACAAUAAGGCGACAGACCACAAAUGAUUCAGAUGGAGACAAUGGUAAACUCCGAAGAAGGAAAUUGUCUUUUGAAAGUGACAUGGAGAAAGAUUAUGACAAAGAAGAUAUGAAUUCUGUGGACAACAACAGGCAUUGUCGGGCCAUCGAGAAACAUUAUGUGGAAAAGAGAAGCAGGUCAUCAUCUUUUGUGUCAUCCACAGAUGAUGAGCAGAAACCUUUGUUUUCUGAGAUAAUAAGCUACCCAGCUGGACUAGGCAAGGCUGCAGUGUUGGAUUUUGAAGAAAUAGUAAAUGCAACAGAAAGAAUCCAAAAUGAUCAACAAAGUCACACCUGUAAAGAUAUCGGGGACAGAAGAACCUGGGAGGAAGAUCAGAGCACAAGUCAUCAAGAAUCAGCCUAUCCGUCUGCAUUACCUCAUGUCACCUGGGGAGUCUCUGAGACAGAAAGUGAAGUCAACUAUGGUGAAGUGGAGCAGAGGCUAGAUCUACUUCAAGACCAACUCAGCAGGCUUGAAUCCCAGAUGACAGCUGACAUUCAAACCAUCUUACAGCUGUUGCAGAGACAGUCAGCCCUCAUCCCACCUGCUUAUAGCAUGGUGAUGGCAAGUGCAGAUUAUCAGAAACCAGCUGUCCGGCUGCUGCGACGUCUUCAUCCCAUCGCAUCAAUUAAAACAGAUCGAAGCUUCAGUCCUUCCCAGGGUCCCAAAUUCUUGGAUCUUGAAAAAUUGAAACAGAAAUCCAAAGAAUCCCUCUCAAGCGGGGAGCAUCUUCACCUGGCCUCAGAAGAUAACCUGGUUUCCCUUUUGGAGCAGGAGCGCGACCUCUCUUUAGAGCCAACCCCGUCACUCCGUAAGACCUACCUCCACCCAAAUAGGCACCCAUCCUUGCCCGAUUCUCUCCUAAGCACGACAGGAAUGGUGGGUCUCCAUAGGCAUGUCUCUGAUCCUGGUCUUCCUGGGAAAUGACCCUUUUGCAUUCUUACAUCACCUAAAAUGUAAGUGCUUUUAAUGUCUGGGAGGUUUGUCUUUUUUCCUUUUUUUUUUCCCUUCCUUUUUUUCCCUAUCAAAAUCUCAAUACUUGACUCAGGGGCUACAAGGAUAUACCAUUAUAUGCAAAAGUACUGUAUAUUUUCCUAUCUUUGAAGCUUGUAAGGAAAGUUGAUCAGUAACCAUGUAAAUAUAUAAAUAUAUAGAUAUAUACAUAUAUAAACAAAUGGUAUGUUGCAAAUAUAAAACUGCCAGCAUUCUAGAGGCACCUUCUAUUUUUUAAUUUUUUAAAAAGCACCUGCAUGCUUGGAAAUGAUAAUGGUUCUGUUGCAUGGAGGUUCCUGUUUACUGUUUUCAAUUAAAACCUAAUUUAUUGCGGACAUGCCGUCAAAAAGAUGAUAAUGACCCAGAAACAAAAAUGACUUGCUUUUCUUGAACUACUUUACCUUCAAACAUUUUUUAUUCUUUUAGUUUAUCUUUUUUUUUUUUUUUGGAAAACAAUACAAUUAUCCUUCUAGUAUUGAGCAUUUUGCAGUCAAAGCAACCUCCUUUAGCUUUGAACAUAAGAAAAACAUAGAUUUUUUUACAGAAACUUUGUAGUUUGGACAACACUCAUGUAAAACCCAAUUAGCAAAACACAAAUACAUCUUGGAAAAAGGAAAAAAAAACACACCCCUGUAACUCAGCUGCAUAAUGGAAAGCAGCAUUUGUGACUUCGAUUUACAAUAGUUCAAUCAUUUAAUGUUCUAAUUUAUUUUUCUUUACUGAAAUUUCAUCGUUGCUAUAAGUUGCCACACUCAAAGGCAGCUAGCUGUCAAGACCCUCAAAUACAAACAAUGCAAUAAACAUAAUUUCUACAUAAACUAGAAAAUGUUGUCUUUUUUCAGUUGAAAGGAAACAUUUCUUUUAAAAAAAAACCUGAGUAUUAAAAAUAAUUUCUUUUCAUUGUAAUCUUUUGAUAUCUCUCUUUUUACCCUCUAGCCCCAAAAUAUGCCUCAACACAAAGAGUUGCAAGCUUGAGUGCAUAUUCCAACAUAAGCACGCUAUAGAAUCCUUUCAUUUCUGGUGUCUUUAUUUCUUUCAGUAAGUUAACAUUAAACUGAAGGGCUUGAUCAAUUUUCUAUGGUUGCAAGGUCUAUUGGUACACACCAUGCAUGCACAGCAGCUGGGUCAUUGCAGAAAUAAGAAAACCCAAAUAUAUCUGCCAUAUUUUACCUGGCGUGUUGAGGGGAGGCUGCAUAUGCGGAAUUGUAAAUGAAUAAAUCACUAGCCAGCCAGUUUUCUGGCUGUUUUGUAAUAAAGGGUCCAGCAAGACAGAAUGAUCUGACAUUGAUGGUAGGAAAAAGAGAUUUCUGUUAAGCUUAUACUUCCUUCUUCCUGGAGAGGGCUGGUAUCCAAAUCGAAAUUAGUAAUUGGAAGAUUUAUAUCCAAAACAGAUGUUUUUCCUAGACUAAUCCAGAGAAGGGGGACUCUCAAACUGCACUGCUUGAGAAUCAAGCAAUGGAGUUAGUCAGGAGAGCGGAAGGGGGAGGGAUAUGUUUAGAAGAUUGAUUUUGGAUGGACGAAUGAACGGAUAUACUGUAGAUUAGAUAGAUGAUAAAGAGACAGAAAGCUGAUAGAUUAGAUAGGUAUAGAUCAGAUAGACAGACUAGAGAGACAGGAUAGACAGAUACUGUACAGACAGACAGACAGAUAGACAGAGUAUAGAGUUCUCCUUCUACAUUAAAAAAAACUAAUUCUGAGUGUUUGUAUGGCUGUGGCUGUUUGUAGGAAAAAGAGGGAAAA